AUGAACUGUUCGGCUCGAUUAGGAUUAGGCAUUAUCCUGACCAAUGAAGCUUCAUGUGCGACUCGGCGCUACGUGGACGAAGCUAAUGGCGUGCUUCAAUAUUAUCUCGUUAUCGGAAAAGGUCUCUUUGAAGAGAAAUUGCCCCAGAUCCGAUUGGCGAACGAAGCAUCUCAACUGCAGUUCGCGGUAACAGGUACAGAUCACAGAUGUGGCAGUAAUCAUUAUACUCCCGUUACUCUGGUGCGUAUCUCUGAUGGGAAAAUACGCCAGAUCCAAUUUGUGAACGAAGCACCUCAAGUGACGUCAAUGCUGACAGGUUCCAGAGUCAAUGACCGCAUCAUGAGUGCCAACGGUGUGUCGCUGGACAACGUGGAGUACGCCACAGCGGUUCAGGUGCUGCGGGACAGCGGGAACACAGUGGCUUUGGUGGUCCGCAGGAGGGUGGUACUCCCCGCCAGCCCAGAGCCGCAGACUCUCAGGCUACAGCUCACCAAGACCAGAAAAAAGGAUGACUUUGGCCUUGUACUGGGUUGCAAAAUUUUUGUGCGAGAGGUGGGCAGCAAGCUGGACAAUGGCACACAAUCACUGCAAGAGGGAGAUGUGCUGCUCAAGAUCAACAAUCACCCCACAGAAGGAAUGAGUCUUAAGGAGGCAAGAAAGCUCAUCGAGAGUAGUAAAGAGAAAUUGAACCUUGUGGUGAGGAGGGACACACCGAGAUCAACGUACCCCACAGAGUCCACAGCGAUGCAGAGCAAAGAAGGAAACUACCUGGAGGGGUUAAACGGCAAUGCGUACGCCUCACAGAACCUGUACGUGCAACCACCAACGCGUCAGAAUGUGUUGGAAGACAAGAGUAACCUAGUGCCGCGAGGGCGGUCGAGAGGACCGCUGCUGGACGGGGGCUUGUCCCUCAGUCAGCUGGACCGCCCUGCCUCGCCUUCCCACAGUCGCAGCCGUAGUGGGCUGGCCGCUGAGGAACCCCCGGACCCUCCUCGACCGCCCCCUCCUAGACCUGAAGUAUUUCGGGGCAACCUAAAUUACUACAGCAGCAGUAGACAACUUUACGAUGAUGAUCCUUUGCUUCAGAGAUCCAAACAAGCCAUGCCAGACCCCAGGUUCAUAACGUUCCAGAAGGAAGGGUCGGUGGGUAUCAGGCUGACGGGGGGUAACGAGGUUGGUAUCUUCGUCACCGCAGUACAACCUGGCAGUCCAGCGUCUCUGCAAGGUCUGCAGCCUGGCGACAAGAUACUCAAGGUGAACGACAUGGACAUGAAGUCUGUGACAAGGGAAGAGGCUGUGCUGUUUCUGCUUAGUCUCCAGGACCAGAUCCACCUGAUAGUGCAACACCGGAGAGACGAGUACGAGCAGAUCGUGGCUAGCCAGCGCGGCGAUUCCUUCCAUGUCAAAGCCCAUUUCAACUACGACCAACCAAACAAGGGGGAGAUGAGCUUCAGAAAGGGUGACGUCUUUCAUGUGACUGACACACUCCACAACGGCGUCGUGGGAGCAUGGCAAGUCUACAGGAUAGGUCGCAACAACCAAGAAGUGCAGAAGGGUAUCAUACCCAACAAGGCGAGAGCUGAGGAGUUGGCAACUGCACAGUUCAAUGCCACCAAGAAGGAGCUAACAGCGUCCGAAAGUAGAGGCAGCUUCUUCCGGAGAAGGCGGAACAGUCACCGUCGGUCCAAGUCCCUCAGUAAAGAUCACUGGGAUGACGUGGUGUUCGGAGACAGUAUCAGCAAGUUCCCUGCGUACGAGAGAGUGAUGCUGCGACAUCCUGGGUUUGUGAGACCCGUAGUUCUGUUCGGCCCUGUCUCGGAUAUCGCACGUGAUAAGCUGCUCAAAGACUUUCCUGACAAGUUCUCCUCUCCACAGCUGGAGAACAACCUGGAGGAGGUAGCAAAAGCCAAAAAAUCCAGUGGCAUCAUCAGGUUGAGUGCCAUACGCGAGAUCAUGGACCGUGGCAAGCACGCGCUGCUCGACAUCACGCCUAACGCGGUUGACCGUCUUAACUACGCGCAGUUCUACCCCAUCGUCAUAUUCCUGCGCGCAGAGAGCAAGCAGAUCGUGAAGGAGCUGCGUGCCGGCCUGGCCAACCCGACCGUGAUGGAUUUGUAUUGCGUG